GCGAUGCAGCUGUACAGCAGUCCAGUAAAUAUCUUUAUCAGAGCCCAGCUAGAGGAGGAGAGAGAGGGAGGGAGCAUGUGUGAUAGAGAGAGAGAAUGAGAGGGAACGAGAGAAGGAGAGAGGGAGAGUAGAGGAAGAUCAAGUGAGAAUAAGAGUAAGAGAAAAGGAGUGUUCAUUUUACUUCCUAGUCGGUUUUCCUGGGGGAAUCUAUCAACGACUGCAGAAGAAAAUAAAGGGCUAACAACCAUGGAGACAGCCCUUUCCACCCCCCAUAAUAUCCAGAUCUGUGAGGUGACCUGCGACUCCUUCCGCAUCGGCUGGAACAUGACCCCUGAGGAUACUGCCAAGGCCACACACUUCUUCAUUGACCUCAGCCGCAAGGAGGGCGGGGAUCCCAACCGCUUCAAGCACAGGGAUGUGCCCACCAAAUUGGUGGCCAAGGCGGUGCCCUUACCCAUGGCAGUGAGAGGCCAUUGGUUCCUGAGCCCGCGGACAGAGUACUGUGUUGCUGUGCAGACAGCAGUAAGACAGGCAGAUGGAGAGUACCUGGUGUCUGACUGGAGCCAGGUGGUAGAGUUCUGCACAGGGGAUUAUGCCAUGGACCACCUCAAACAGCUCCUUGGCAAAGCGAAGGGUUCUGCUGGAAGAUUGCUAAGGUUCUCUGUAUUUUAUCGCAACCAGCACCCUGAUUAUUUUCAAUAUGUCAGAACUGAGUGUGGGGGGCUGAUGCGCCCAGCCAUGAAAGACAAUAGUGGAAGCCAUGGCUCUCCUAUCAACAGCAAACUGCAGGGAGUCUUCCUCAGUUGCAACACUGAGUUUGACACAGGUCUUCCUCCAAACGACUCCCCCUACGGCCCCCUGCGUUUCCAGAUCCCGGCCGGGAACCUGCUGAAUCGCAACACUAAUCUUUACUUUGCUGACUUCUACUGUAUGUACACAGCCUAUCACUAUGUGGUGUUGGUACUGGCCCCUGCUGGCUCAGAGGGGGAUAACUUCUGCCAUACCAGUCUCCCCCUGCUGGACUUGUCCGCCAACCCCUUCCUGACAUACAUCCCCUCUCAAAGGCAAGAGGAAGAGUCCUUGUUCUGCCACGCCAGUGAUGUCAUCCUGGAGGUGCUGUACACAGAGCCGAUACAUCUGGAGCAGGGCAGUGUGGUGAAGAUCAGUGGCCACCACCAGAUGAGCCAGACGACGGCCAACGCCAAGAAGGACCCCAGCUGCAAGGUGUGCAACAUCAGUGUGGGCCGCUGAGAGAACGGGCUGGACUGACAGGCUUUAGAGAACAGUGAGGAUUUGUGUAGGCAUAGAUGUAGAGAAAUGUGCAGAGCGAUUUCAUCUAUCUCAUAGUGUAAGGUAAAGUAACACAACUGGGACAGCCCAUCUCUUGGGUUAUGUGCAUGCUGGCUGCCCCAUCCCUCUCCGUCGCUACUAGUAUUCAAAAUCUCCAAAAUCAUCAAUCAUCAUGUGGACCAAAAGAAAGGCACGAUAGAUUAUGGGCUUACAGUUUGAUACAGAGGACCAUAUGUUUGAGAUCCUCCAUUGCUAGAGGAAGCUGUGAUGUACACAUUGUGUAACACUGCAUUUGUCAAAUAACAUUUCAUAUGAUAUAUAUUCGUAUGAUAUUUCCAUCUUUUCCUUACAGUACCUGUUGGUCUUAGAUGAUUCCAAUAUUUCUUGUACGUUAAAACACACUGUCAACUGAAUUACUAUUUGAAAAUGUUCAAACAUUGUUAUUGAGUCAAUGCUUAUGAUAAGUGAAUAAUAAAGAUU